CUAGGAAUUUUGAUUUGAUGAAUCAGGGCUUUUAAAUCUAUGGAUAGGAUUAAGAGGUUGGCAGCACCAUCAGAGUGCCAAAUCCCAGUCAUUGAGAGGACAAAUAAAGUUUGAUCCACCAUGUUGAUAGAGGUUUAUAAAGCAGACCUCAUGCCCUGGUUUGUUUGACUGUUUCGCUUGUUUAGGACUGUUUCCUGAGGUUCACAUCAUAAUGAGUAAGGUAAAUGGUCAAAGACUUUUGCAUUUCUUGAGAAAAGCUUAGGUUAGCCAAAUGCUACUUAUAGAUUACUUAACUGUACUAUGACUAAACAGAACCAAUACAGUUGUGUGUAUGACUUUACUCUCUUGCUUGCAGAUUACCUUUUAUGAGGACAGAAACUUCCAGGGUCGCUCCUAUGAGUGCAACAAAGACUGCCCAGACAUGCACCCUCACUUCAGUCGAUGCAACUCUAUCAGAGUGGAGAGUGGCUGCUGGGUCCUGUAUGAAAGACCCAACUACUCUGGUUUCCAGUAUGUGCUAACCAGGGGAGAGUAUCCUGAAUAUCAGCACUGGAUGGGCUACAAUGACACUAUUCGCUCAUGCCGUACAUUUUCCUAUAAAAGGGAUGGAUCCUACCGCAUUCGGAUCUAUGAUCGGCCAGAUUUCCAAGGUCAGAUGAUGGAAUUCAGUGAUGACUGCGAGUCCAUUCAUGAAAGUUUCCAGUGCCGCAGCGUUCACUCUUGCAAUGUCAUGGAUGGAUACUGGACCUUCUAUGAGCACCCCAGUUUUAGAGGCCGUCAGUAUUUCUUGCCUCCCGGCGAGUAUCGCAAGUUCAGCGACUGGGGUGCUGUGUGUGCCACCAUCGGCUCCUUCCGCAGAAUCACUGAUUUUUAGAGUCCGCAUUAUUAAAAUAAUUGUGCCUUUUCUGGCAUUGACUUGUCAAUAAAAUGCCACAAAACCAUAUGCUUUGCAGUGUAUGUAUUCAUGCUUGAUCAAAUGUGUGUAGAUUUCAGGCUAUACCUGUAUGGCAUUUGUG